AAAAGCUUGGUAUGACCCUUCCAACUUCCGAAAUCCAAGAAAUCUUAUGAAACAUCGGUUAGUUCAUCUCGCAUUAUAAAUAAAACACCAAAAAAGCCAAGAGGGAUCGUGUAAAUCUGAAGAGAGAAAAAAGUCCAUUUUGAGCUAAAAUUAUGGAUGAUUCUGAUCAAUUUGAUUUUGCACAAGUAGAAAACCUCUUACAUUUACUUUGUUCUCCUCCUCCUCCUCCUCCUCCGCCUCCGACAUUGAUUCCUCGAAAGCAAGAUUCAUCAGCUUCAUUACAAACACAAAGCCCUAAAAGGAAAGCUGCAAUCACCAAUUUUGAUCAAGAUGCUGGCAAAGGCAAACCCCCUAAAGAGAAAAAGAAUACUGAGAAGAAAGUCGUACGCAGAGACGUUGAAAGGCAAAGAAGGCGCGAUAUGGCUCGCCUUUACCAACGUUUACGCCUUCUUAUCCCUUCUAAGUAUCUCAUGGGAAAGAGAUCAAUAUCUGAUCAUCUAGAAGAGAUUGUGGAUUACAUAAAAGACAUGCGGAAGGACAUAGAGGAGCUGGAAAGUAAGAGAGAAAGAUUGAAAGAAAUGAGAAAUAUUUGUAGUUCUGAUCAUAUCUCUCACUUGGCUGCACCAGCUUCCUCCUUGAAAAGUGAUGAAAAUCAGGAUAGAAUAAGAGUGAAAAAAUGUAAGGAAGGAGUGGAAAUUUCAGUGAUCAGUAAUUUGGGAGAAGGGUUGACUCUUUCCAAAGUGCUUAGGGUUCUUAUGGAAGAAGGGCUGCUUGUUAUUAGCUGUGUUUCCUCCAAAAUUAAUCAAAGGAGUCUUCACAUUAUUCAAUCUGAGGUGAAUUCAAGAGGGGAUAUUGAUUUAGUAGGGCUGCAGUUCAAGUUGAUGAGUUUAUCUUAUAAAUUAUGAUAUUUUCCCCCCUUAAUGGUUCCUUCAUUGUUUCAUUUAUUACUUUUUGAGUGGAAUGGACUUAUCAUUUUCUUA